AUUGCUAGACUCUGAAUGCUGCGGGGUCCGUGCGUCUGCGUGUGUUUUGCUUGUGGAAUGUGGGAGUUGUCCCCACGCGCGUUACGAACAACCGACCUGUCCAAACAGUGCGCGCGUGGCAGAGGAUGUCACACCAACCAAAACAGAGGACACACGGUUAUAGCAGAGUUUAUGAUCCGUUAUUGGAGGAAAAUCGGCCGUGUAGGGUAGAGUCGGGGCGGGGCAUAAUUACACGGAGUCCCAUCCAUUUAGGGUCAAGUACAACAUUUUUACAGUUCUAACCAGCGUGAGUUCAAAGUUUUGUACCCGGAAACCCAAUACGGCAAAUCGCUGAUUUAGUGCGAUAUAUCUGCUUUCAGAUUUGAUUCGUUUUUUUUAUUCUUUAGUUAAGACGCAGGCUGGAGAUAAAUCUGCACGGGAUGGAUAUCGAAGCAGUCCUAAUAGCCAGCAUAAUUCGUUAGCAUCGCACGGACUAGCUCCACCACAGGUUCGUCCGUGUGUACGGGGCUGCGGUACGCUGGACGUGGAACGAGGCGACCCUCUGCGGGCUGCGCUGUCGAGGCAGUGGGCGUGUUUUCUCGCAGUGUCUCGGCGUGCUAGCAUGUGAGCUGGCGCCAAGUUCUAGGCGUGAAAAAAGAAACAAGAUUUACAAGUUACGGGCAGAAGUAAACCAGGAAAAGUCACGUUACGCUUGAUCGGAAAAGUUACACGCAGAUCACCCUUUGCAGUGCACGGUAGUGAAGGGGUUAUUCAUGUGCUAUUACCUUGUAAUCCAGAUCAUCAGUAGUGAUGGAGUCGGCUGUUAGUACAUCCACUCAAGUGCCAGAUGAGUUUGACCGGAAUGUUCCUCGGAUAUGUGGUGUGUGCGGGGACAAAGCUACUGGCUUUCACUUUAAUGCGAUGACCUGCGAGGGCUGCAAAGGCUUCUUCAGACGCAGCAUGAAGCGGAAGGCCAGUUUUACCUGUCCAUUUAAUGGGAGCUGCACCAUCACUAAAGACAACCGUCGACACUGCCAGGCCUGCAGACUCAAGCGUUGCCUGGAUAUUGGCAUGAUGAAAGAGUUUAUUUUGACGGAUGAGGAGGUUCAGAGAAAAAAGGAACUGAUCCAGAGGAGGAAGGAGGAGGAGGCGCAGAAAGAGGCGCAGAAGCCCCGCCUCACAGAAGAGCAGCGCAACAUCAUCAGCACGCUGGUGGAGGCGCACCACAAAACUUACGACGAUUCUUACUCCGACUUCUCGCGCUUCAGACCUCCGGUUAGAGAGGGUCCAGUUACACGUAGUGCCAGCCGUGCCGCGUCUCUCCACUCACUAUCAGAUGCCUCCUCAGACUCCUUUAGCCACUCUCCAGAGUCAGGAGAUCGCAAGAUGAAUCUGAGCAACCUGUUCAUGAUGUAUCAGGAGCAGGGUUUGAGCUCCAGUCCUGAUUCAAAAGAGGAAGAGGGUUCUGGUCUGUCUAUGCUUCCUCACCUGGCUGAUCUGGUUUCCUACAGCAUUCAGAAAGUCAUCGGCUUUGCCAAGAUGAUUCCUGGAUUCAGGGAUCUUACAGCUGAAGAUCAGAUCGCUCUGUUGAAGUCUAGUGCUAUAGAAGUGAUCAUGCUGAGGUCCAACCAGUCCUUCAGUCUAGAGGAUAUGAGCUGGAGCUGUGGAGGACCAGAUUUCAAAUACUGUGUCAAUGAUGUCACAAAAGCUGGACACACUCUGGAGCUGCUGGAGCCUCUGGUGAAAUUUCAGGUGGGAUUGAAAAAGCUCAACCUACAAGAGGAGGAACAUGUGCUGCUGAUGGCUAUCUGCCUGCUGUCUCCAGACCGACCUGGAGUGCAGGACCACGAGCGAGUGGAAGCGCUGCAGGACAAACUGUCUGAAGUUCUGCAGGCAUACAUCCGUGCACAUCAUUCGGGGGGCCAUCUGGUCUACGCUAAGAUGAUACAAAAACUGGCAGACCUCCGCAGCCUCAACGAAGAACACUCAAAACAGUACCGCUCCCUCUCAUUCCAGCCCGAACACAGCAUGCAGCUGACGCCCCUCGUGCUGGAAGUCUUCGGCGGACAGGUCACCUAGCAGCUGCGCCCGAGUUGGUUCAAGAUGAACGGGUCAGAAGGCGUGACUCAAAAGGGGUGCGGUGAGGGUGGAGUGAAUGUACGGACAAUCACCUUAAAACAUACAUACAGAGUUUUCAGGACGACAUUUGUGAGUGCUUGAGGGUGUGUGCGUGUGUGUGAGCGUUUUCCUCAUAUUAGGCCUAGAUGGAACGUGCUGGUUUAUUUCACACUUUUGGGGGAAAGUCUCCGAUGGCUUUAAACAUUAUAAUUGUGUUAAAUAGAGCACUAAGCGCGUAUGACUCAAAUUAGCCAAAUUAUUUUAAAGACAAUAAUGCCCGUAGAAAAGUGCAGAACUUUGUAAAUAGAGGAUGGCCAAUUUUUCUGUUGAGGUCACAAAUUCAAUGUGGGCCUACUUUACCGUUUUCUCUAGGGAGCACCGUAGAUAUUCAGUUUUCUGAAUGUAAUGUGGUCAUGGUGUUUUUUUCACUCUGGCAAGUAAAUAUAGUGUAUCUAAUUGUAUUUUCAAUAGCCAACAGUAUUACACUGCAUGUGUAGCCCUUUACAGGAUGAGUGUGUACGUGUGUUUGAUCCUGGUCUAAACGUCUGCACGCUUCCCCAAUAGCGCUGUCCACCUCUGCUGAUCUCUCCUGUCUCUUCACCUCCUUGCCUUUAAAUGCACAGGGUUGAAAGUACUAAUGCAAGCACAUAGUUCUAACUCACUCCUUAGCUAGCCACUUAACCAAUUACACGGCAGCUCCGCCUGCUCUUCUCUGCAUCCAGGGCUGUAAUACAGUGGUUCCCAACAUUUUCCUUCGAGCCCCCCCGUAAAUUUACAACAAAUCUGAAAUGUUGCUAAUGUAUAUUUUAAAUUAUUAAAAUAAUUCAAUGAAACAAGUGUCUUGACUGCAUUAUCAUGACAUUGAUAGCAUAUGAUAACAUAUAUCUGUAUAAACCUAUUAGGCAUCUACUGUAUGUCUGACCUCAAAGCAUAUAGGGGGCUGAGGAGGACCCCAGGUUGGGAACCACUGCUGCUGAACCAAUGGCCGUCUUCUCUACUGUUAUUUGCCUGUGCUGUGAUUGGUCAAUUACCCCAAUGCCUGCGCAAGUGGCCAGUGCUGCAAUAGCACUCAUCACACAGCUAACCUGUAAAUAUUAGUAACUAUAUUCUUACUUUCUUGAAUAGGUGUAAAUACAAUUUGAUAUAAGCUUACAGAGGGAGACCUGCAGCCCUGGCAAGUUAUAAUGAAAAUGUUAUGAUGAACAUCAAGUACUACAGUAAGUGUGUGUUAAAUCAAACGUAUAGGAAUUGGAUUCAUUCAUUGUUUAUAAUGAAACUGAGAGCUUUACCUCCAAACUUUAAAUUGUUGUAAAUCAUAUAUAGUCCUAUAUGUGUUCACCUUUUCCGUUCUAUAGUUUUUCUAGUGCGUUCUCUCUCUUGCAUUCCAUUAUUUAUUUUUCUCCUGGACAGACUUUUCUCAAUCAUGACCUUUCUGAGAAAGACUGAAUGCUAUUUAUCAUUUAUAUUGAUUUAGAUUUUUAUUUUAUCUGCUGCUUCACUUCAGUAAACGGAUUGAUAAAGAUACAAUAGAAUAAACACAUAAAAUGUCUUGGACACAUUUCACUUCAAUAUGAAAAAAAUAUAUAUAUAAUGCAAGAAUGUUAUUUUCUGAAUGGUAAAAUCUACUUUUUUGAUAUUGGGGGUGAAAUGUGAACCAGACCUGUUGUGAGAUAACUGUUCAGCUACACAACAAUGUUUGUGUGCGCCACACAAUCGAGGAAGCUCGACUGACUGAGAAAAUAAGUCACUCUUAUCAGAUUCGCUUUCUCUUCGUUUUUUAAGGUUUCUUUAAUAGCAGUGUGUGAGAAUUUAUUAUCAUCUGUAACUACAGUGUUACAUGUUACAUGGUACCUGUUGCCACAGGCUGGUUCUUUAAAGCAUCAAUUAAGUACUGUAUAACACAGCUCAGAACGUUCAUUUCUUAGGCUGGCUGUUAUAACCUUAACAAGUGGUUCUCAAACUUUUUCGUUGUAGGGCCCCAUUUGUGUAGAGUGCAUCGCUUCACGCCCCCCCCCCAAAUAAAUAUUCAUAAACAUAGAAAUUUAAUAAAACCAGAAACAUGUUCAUAUACAAUACUGGAACAUCGAUACUUAUGGUGCAUGGUCUUAUUUUUAUGAUUGAUUGCAUAAAAGCUAUGAUAAAAAUCUAUAUUUCAUUAAAUGCCACAAAAUCUGUGGCCCCCUGGAUCCAUCUCGGGCCCCCCCCAGUUUGAGAACCACUGACCUAAACACAAUAUUUAGACUCGCAUGAUGCCAUUUCGGCCAUGUCUUGGCAACGGUAUUAAUCUCACAAUAGCCACUGCCCGUGUUGAAACACAUCUGCUUUCACUGUUUACAUCUGUCUUCACUGUAAAAAAAACUAUAAUUUUACAGAAUUUUUAGUUUUUCCACGUAUAAACGUAAAAUUACAGAAAAAGACCACAAAUUUAAAGAAAAUUUAAAAUUUAAAGAUAAACUGGCACCCCAGCUGCCGGAGAUGUUUCCUUUUUUACAGGAUUUUUUUGUUCAAGUUUAUUUUUGAAAAUACUAUAAAAAACGGUAAAAUUACAAAAAAAGACUGCAAAUUUGCACACAAAAAAAAAACUGGGAAAA